AUGCAAACACCUUCCUGGCAACGGGGCAGGUUGCAGCAGCUGGUGCGCUCAAUCUUCUCCCUCCGCCUCUCCAGCAAGGUUCUGUGUGGGGCUGAGGUCUGUGGCAGCGCAUCUCCCUCUGUCCUGCUGCGUGGACCUGGCAAACUCCUGCCCCUUCAGACCCCUCCCAGGGAGCCUUGUGAGUGCUCCUGCACUACCGCGUGCUGCGUGCUCUGUGCCUGCCCCGCAUGCCUGGGCAGUGUCCUGCGGCUUCAGGCCUCUGAGUGCGGCUCUGCAGCCUUGCGCAGGAAGCGGAAAGGCAGCCUGUCUUCUACAGCAGCCUGCCCACUAAUCCCCUCUCCUUCCUUGCAGACGAACCUCCCUAUCUUCAAACUGAAAGAGUCUUGUGUGCGGAGGCGGUACAGCGACUUCGAGUGGCUGAAGAAUGAGCUGGAGAGAGACAGUAAGAUUGUAGUGCCACCGCUGCCUGGGAAAGCCUUGAAACGACAGCUGCCCUUUCGCGGCGACGAGGGGAUCUUCGAGGAGUCGUUCAUCGAGGAGAGGAGGCAGGGGCUGGAGCAGUUUAUUAACAAGAUCGCUGGACACCCGCUGGCACAGAACGAGCGCUGCUUACACAUGUUCCUGCAAGAGGAAACUAUAGAUAGGAAUUACGUCCCAGGGAAAGUCCGCCAGUAGGAGACCCUGAUGCUCUGUCUUCCUCCAUUCCACCCACCCUCCUGCAGAAAUGACAUUUAUUUUUACACUAAAUCGGUCUCUCCUGAACCAGGUUUUCCUCUCUGAACCUCCCCUUUGUCCAGUAUUUGCUUUUUUUGUAUCUGGCAGCAAUGUUGAGUUCAGAUUCACUUUGAUACCUGCGCCAAAGGGUGUGACGAUGUAAGCCAUGAACCUGCUGUUGUGCAGCCAGCGGCAGGUGUGAGGGUGGGGCACGAACUGUCUUAGGGCAUUAUUCCCAUGUGUCGAGGCCCCUGCUCCCUGUGAAAGGGUACAAGGGGUGCUUCCAGCCGCAUCCUUCACCCUCUUCUCCAAGCAGCCUCAAGCGUUGCGGAGAACAUCCGUGCAGAACAGUGAGUGUCGUAGGUCAGUGCCUGCAGCAAGUUGUAGAAGGUUAGCAGGGUUUAACCAAAAACUGAGGAAGCAGGUGCCAGGUAGGAUGUCGAGUCCCUUCCUAACCUCGAUAAAUCCCCUUCUCCGCCCCCCCCAUACAAACCUUGAUCCAGUGCUGUCUGCACGUGCUGACCCACAGCUCCGCUCUGCCCCAGCUCCAGAUCUCCUGCAUUACAGCCUGCUCAACAUAGCAGUGUUUUCCCCUCUGCUCACAGGCUGCUGGCAGCUUUGGGGGUGUCUGCCCUGUGCGGGAGUUCUCUAGGUGCAGUAUUGUUGGCAAGGUGGGUGGAAUUGGGCAUAGGCUGCCCAGGUAGCUGGCAGGAACGGCUGGUGAGCUCAAACUGCCACCGCUUGCUCUGAUGCAGGUUGCAGCAUAGCGGGCCAGACCCCCUAUGAUGCUGUCGAGUUGCUCUCGUCUGUACCUAGAGGGAAAGGUCCUGCCCAUCGCUGAAGUGGAGAGAAUGGGAGGGGCGAAUGGGACGCUCCCGGACAGCGUAGUGCCGAGGGGCAGAAGCAGGCCAGGCACCCGAGGCAGGAGGCUUUUGAUCCGUGACUUGCACUGGAAGUGUGCCUUGCCGAUGGCAGCCCAAGUAUCGGCCACCUCCUGCCCUUCCUUCUCACUCCUCUGCCCCGGGGGCUUUGCAGGCCACAUGCUUUUGUAUGGUGGAGAAAAGACGAGGGACUAGUCAAGUAGCUGCUCUUGGGUGAGGGGGGCAGUGGGCUGUGAACUGCUGAUGCUCCCUUAGUG